AUGGACAUGAACGUGACGCGCCCGGACAACGCCACCAUCCUGAUGCUGCGGAACCCGGCCAUCGCGGUGGUGCUGCCGGCGGUGUACUCGCUGGUGGCGCUGGUGAGCAUCCCGGGCAACCUGUUCUCGCUGUGGGUGCUGUGCCGGCACAUCGGGCCCAAGACGCCGUCCGUCAUCUUCAUGAUCAACCUGAGCGUCACGGACCUCAUGCUGGCCUGCGUGCUGCCCUUCCAGAUCUACUAUCACUGCAACGGCAACCACUGGGUGUUCGGCGUGGUGCUCUGCAACGCCGUCACCGUCGCCUUCUACGCCAACAUGUACUCGUCCAUCCUCACCAUGACCUGCAUCAGCGUGGACCGCUUCCUGGGCGUCGUGUACCCGCUGGCGUCCGCCCGCUGGCGGCGCCGCCGCUACGCGCUGGCGGCCUGCGCGGCCACGUGGCUGCUGCUGCUGGUCGCGCUGUUCCCGCUGGCGCGCACCGACCUCACCUACGCCGUGGACGCGCUGGGCAUCGUCACCUGCUUCGACGUGCUCAAGUCCACCAUGCUGCCCAGCGUGGCCAUGUGGGCCGCCUUCCUCUUCACGCUCUUCGUCGUCCUCUUCCUCAUCCCCUUCGUGGUCACCGUGGCCUGCUACACGGCCACCAUCCUCACGCUGCUGCGCUCCGCCGACCGCCACGGCCGCGCGCAGCGGCGCCGCGCCGUCUGCCUGGCCGCCGUGGUGCUGCUGGCCUUCGUGGCGUGCUUCGCGCCCAACAACUUCGUGCUUCUGGUCCACAUGGUCAGCCGGCUCUUCCUGGGCCGCAGCUACUACCACGUCUACAAGCUCACGCUCUGCCUCAGCUGCCUGAACAACUGCCUGGACCCCUUCGUCUACUACUUCGCGUCCAGCGAGUUCCAGCUGCGCCUGCGCGACUACCUGGGCUACGGCCCGCUGCCCGCCGCCGACAGCCCCGACAGCCGCCGCGAGAGCGUCUUCUCCGGGCGGACCCUGUCCGCGCGCUCCGUGGACGGGCAGGAGGCGCCCGAGAGGCCCAGCGUGAGGCGGCAGGAGAGCGUCUUCUGA